GGUUAAAGAACACCAAUGCCACAGUGUCGGAUGUUGUGUGCUGGACCAGAGGACAUGAAGGGCAAGCGCCUCAAUGAUAUGACCAGCCUGCAGAAUGAGUGUGUCUCCACAGAUUUCAUCCUUCAUCAGUCUGUUGCCUCAGAAUCGUUGUCUGUUGACACAUUCAGCUAUAAGAAUGAUGUCUACGUGGCCAUUUCUGCUCCCAGCACAGAGAGCUGUAUGAUUUUCCAGUGGGACCACAUAGAAAUGAACUUCAGGACUUAUGAUAACAUCACAGGUCAGUCCAUUGUGGGGUGCAAAUCUGUCAUCAUCGAAAAUGAGGUGUUUGUCAUUGUGGCUCAGCUGUUUGGUGGUUCCCACAUUACAAGUUGA